AUGGCACCACCAAAUGUCAUUCCUAGCGUUCCGGACGCGGGGGCAGCUUUGCAAGGCACUCCCAAGACGGACAAAUCCCACUUACGUCUCAUAAACUCGAUCAUUGCCUCCCCAAGCGUCGAACUGGCCAAAUGCAUCUUUUCAUGGGCUGUCUCUGCACCACGACCACUGUCCAUCCACGAACUCGCAGAAGCAGUGAAGCUGGACAUUGGCCAGACUCUAACAGCGCCACUCUCAGAACAACUGGAGAAGAUAACCGCGCAGCUCAUCACGGUGGACAGUCAAUCUCGGGUGCACAUCGUUGACGAGACGGUCUCGGACUUCUUGACCCAGCCACGCGAGGAUGGGAAACGCUGGAUUGAUCGUCCCACGGCAGACUCCAGAAUCGCCGAGAUCUGUCUCGAGAUCCUUGGCGGAGACGACUUCACGCCAUCAAAACGCCAGAGUGGAGGAGUUAGCAACGGCAGUAACAAGUAUGCUUCCCCCUUAUCGGCUUACGCAGCGGCCCAUUUUGCCCAUCACCUUGCGCACAGCUCGCCGGCCGUCGGCAGCCACUUGGCUCGGCUAGACAGGUUUUUCCGGACCAACGUUCUAACAUGGAUCGAGAGGCUCGCUGAGUGGGGUGAUCUCGCCGGUGUGCUACGAGCGGCCCGCGGCAUAGAGACUUACCUGAGGCAGCGGAAAAACAGCUGUACUGCCACGGCCAUCGAAGCAGCUCAGAUUGACAGGGCGGAGUUCUGUGUGACUGAGAUCGACCGCUUAAUUGCCUUGUUCCACGCGGCCCUGCUCGCUAUGCCGUCGUCGGUCCACCUCUUGUUGCCGCCGCUUUGCCCCUUGGAUUCCAUUAUCCGAAAAAACUUUGGCACGUCCACCGAAGGCUUGAGAAUAGUUGGCCGAUUGGAUCAAGACUGGGGUGACAGGCUGACUUGUUACCUACUCCCCGGGAAGGCUUUAUCCGUGGCCUGCUGUGAUCGCGUCGUGUCUAUUGGUGUUAGCAAUAACGAUAUCGAGCUCUAUAGCACCAACACAUUCGAGUUUGAUGGCGCAUUGCCUAACAGGAGGAACGCCACAGGUUCUUGGCCUUUUGAUUCGACUUCGUCCUUUUUUGGUCGUAUGCGAUCUGGCGAUUGCUGGGAGCUGUGGGAUGUGCGCUGA